AUGCACUUCGUACUGAACCCGCUGACCCCGGUCCAGGACACGCUGUGCCAGCUGCAGAAUGAGACUUCCGCCAACAACCCGGCUGCCGUGCCGCAGCGCUCGGUCAACCUGUACUACAUGGUCAAAAUGCAGAUCAGAUCAGACAACGUUUGCCUUAGGCCGUGGGCCUUCGAGCGCGUGCCGAACAGGAUGAUCCGAGGCCUGGACAGAGCCCUCAUCUACACGUCCACCAAGGAAGCUUGCUUGGCCGCCUGUCUGAACGAGCACCGCUUCGAGUGCCGCUCGGUGGAGUACAACUACGUGACCCUGCGCUGCCAUCUGAGCGACGCGGACCGGCGCAGCACCGGCCAGUACAUCCAGAUGGUGGAGGCCCAGGGCGUCGACUACUUCGAGAACCUCUGUCUCAAAGCAAACAAGGCUUGCAAGGGCAGCAGGGUGUUCUCGCAACCGCGCAUCGGGGUGGCCAACGACAAGGUGGCGCAGUACGCCAGCCUGCACUACUACGUGGACAAGGAGCUCCAGGUGGCGAGUGAGGCGGCCUGCCAGCUGGCCUGUGAGGUGGAGAACGAGUUCCUCUGCCGCUCCUUCUUGUUCCGGGGCCCGCCGCAGGGCGCGGCCUACAACUGCCAGCUGUUCCACCUGGACCACAAGACGCUGCCGGACGGGCCCUCGACCUACCUCAACGCGGACCGGCCGCUCAUCGACGACGGCGAGCGCAUCGGCAACUACAUGGAGAACUACUGCGAGAAGACGAGCGCUUCUAUGGACCAGCUGCCGGUCGUGUUUGACACCACCGAAGACCCCAACGUCAACAACCUCACCCGCGCCGACGUCAACUGCGACAAGACUGGCACCUGCUAUGACGUGUCCGUCAACUGCAAGGACACCCGCAUCGCCGUCCAGGUCCGUACCAACAAGCCCUUCAACGGCCGCAUCUACGCGCUGGGCCGCUCCGAGACCUGCAACAUCGACGUCAUCAACAGCGACCUCUUCCGCCUCGACCUCACCAUGACCGGCCAGGACUGCAACACGCAGUCUGUGACGGGAGUGUACUCCAACACGGUCGUCCUGCAGCACCACAGCGUCGUCAUGACCAAGGCCGACAAGAUCUACAAAGUCAAGUGCACCUAUGACAUGUCCUCCAAGAACAUCACCUUCGGCAUGAUGCCCAUCAGGGACCCCGAGAUGAUCUCCAUCACCUCCGCGCCGGAGGCCCCACCCCCGCGCAUCCGCAUCCUGGACGCGCGCAGCCGAGAGGUGGAGACGGUGCGCAUCGGGGACAAGCUCACCUUCCGCAUCGAGAUCCCCGAGGACACGCCCUACGGCAUCUUCGCCCGAAGCUGCGUCGCCAUGGCCAAGGACUCCAAGAGCACGUUCCAGAUUAUCGACGACGAAGGUUGUCCCGUGGAUCCGGCCAUCUUCCCGGGCUUCGCACCCGACGGCAACGCGCUGCAGUCCGUGUACGAGGCGUUCCGCUUCACCGAGUCGUACGGUGUGAUCUUCCAGUGCAACGUCAAGUACUGCCUAGGGCCCUGUGAGCCGGCUGUCUGCGAGUGGGGGCGUGAGUCCGUCGAGUCCUGGGGCAGAAGGAGACGUUCCGCGCCAGCCAACGACUCCGAGGAGGCGUCGGGCGACGACAUGACCCUCUCGCAGGAGAUCCUCGUCUUGGACUUUGGCGACGACAAGCAGAGCCAGUCGCUGAGGAGUGAGGCCUCCACCGACUUUGGCAAGGACCACACGGUGAUCAUGACGGAGACCUGCCCGACCAGGACGUCGGUGAUGGCGCUGGGCGUGACCUGCGCGCUGCUGGCCCUCGUGUACCUGUCCACGCUAUUGUGCUACUGCACCAAGAAGUGGAUGUAUCCCCAGAAGGUCGUGGCUUGAAGGCGAUCAUACCCCACCGUUGGCCAUGACCCCUCCCCCUUC